AUGUCCACCGCAGUCGAGAAUGGUGGCACUGCGGACUUGACGUCCAGGAAGACCGCCUCAUUAAUCAACGAAACUGCCGACAGCUCGUUGCCAGCAGCGGCAGCAACAGGACCAAAGGAGCCCCCCCCUGAGAAGCCUGCAGACACGCGCAGACGAACAUGGGUCAUUUUCUCAUUCUGGGCCAUCGUGCUGGCUUUGGGAUUGCCGAUAUGGUGGAAGACCACUUCGAUUUACAGGGCGGAAUUGCCCCUCAGCGAAAUGCUGGAUUGGGCUGAUGGCAAGGCUUGUCGACCUGCCUUCCCAUUACGCAUCGCGUUGGACGCCAGUCCCCUACAAGAGCAUGAGGCUCAGAAUCUCCUUCGCCUGACCCAACAUGCCCUUGAUGAUCUGAACGACUUCUCGGGCCACCAUCUGCGACUCCAGCUCGCCGCUAACGCCGACCCCACCAAGACCGCAAAGACAGGCUCAGACGUCGCGUUGACCAUACGAAUUACUCCUGGAGAUUCCAUUCAUAGCGCCUCGUCGUCGCUGCAUCCUCACUUACCAAUCCUAGACGUUGCUUAUCCACCCAAUUCGAUACCUACGCAGACAUCCUCGUCGUCUGGUCUUGCAACGUACCUCGCCGCGCAGCUUCGAUCGACCUUUGCUGAGGAACAGAACGUGAUAUCAUAUUUGUUGGAAACUUCGUCGAUUCCCUCGGAACAUCGACCAAAGGGGAUCUCCCCAGAGGUGGCGGAAACUCUAUCGAAACAGAUGACACGGUCGAUGAAAUACUCAAGGACGUACCAUUUGACGUUCUCCCUUUUCACCAAUGGCCCUGAGCCAAGCAGUUGGGAUAUUGAGUCCGCCAUCGAUGAGUACAUGAGGCCAAUGUUGGACAUGCUGAGUCCGAUACAUAACUUCACCAUUGAUACCCAGGUCCAGCUGUAUGCUACGCCCGGGGUCCAAUCUCAAGUGCUAAGCAAGGAAGAUUUAUCGUCCUUUAUCAAUGCAGCUGAGUGGCCGCUGUCGCCGUCAAUCGGCGGAGCACCGACAGUCAACUUUGUAGUGUACAUAGGGAACCAGACCAUUGGCGCGGUCUCGGAAUCGGAAGCAGCAGAUAUCUCCCGAUCGUGGCUGAUCCCGCAAUGGGGUAGUGUCUAUCUUCUCUUGCCCCCAUCCGGCCCCCACGUUUCAUCAGAGACCUUAAAGCAGACAGUCUUGACCUUCACGUCCCACCUACUUUCCCUCCUCGGUACCCCGCAGUCCGGCUCGCUACCAAUGCGCCUCUCAACCUUGAAUCGCAUGAGAUCAGCCGAUCUGCUUCUCCGUGCCUCAUCCUCCCUAGGCUCACUGGCACGCCUAUCGCUAGCACUGCCCAGCAUCUCAAUUCCGUCAAGCGUUGCGGAUGGAGUCGCCAAGUCAAUGCAGCAUCUUCAAAUGGCUUGCUCCACUUUGGGCGGUUCGGACAGUCUUGAGCAUGCACGCAUUGCUGAGGCCGAGGCAGAGAGGGCUUUCUUCGAAAAGAGUAUGGUUGGGCAGCUUUAUUUCCCCGACGAGCACAAAGUUGCUGUCUAUUUACCGCUGCUGGGGCCCGUUGGUGUCCCGCUGGUUAUGGGUUUGUUGAAUGAGCUGAAGGCCUGGCGGAAGAGGCGAAGGCAAAAGGACGGGCCGGCUUAG